GUUAGUCUGACUGUGGCUGUAGAGCAGACGGGUACCAGUAGAGCAGACGGGUACCAGUAGGGCAGACGGGUACCAGUAGGGCAGACGGGUACCAGUGGAGCAGACGGGUACCAGUGGAGCAGACGGGUACCAGUGGAGCAGACGGGUACCAGUGAUAUUUCUUUGACCUGUACAUAUAUAUUGAGAAGGUGGCAGUAGUGAAACUCCAGCUGCCGUUAAACCACCAAAGAAGAAGAAAACAAACCAUCGGGCGGGUUUAUUUUGGUUUGUUGAUAUUUCACAAAGCAUUUAUCUGAAUAAACGGUGUUUGAACCUGAACUCCUCGUUUCAGAUGCAUCGCUGGGAUUUGUCUCCGUUCUCAGUGACUCCAGCUGCCAGCCUGUUGGCCAGAUGUGUCUCCAAAGAUAUUCUGUCUCAGGGGGAAAUAGACUCCGCCUCCUCCAGGCUGAGCCCCGUCUUCUCCAAUCAGCUGCACGAGGCUGAACAGCGAAUCAGAACGCAGAGACAGCUGGACCAGCUGCAGCUUGACAUGGAUCUGCUGAAGAUGGAGAAGAAGAGCGCUGACGUCACAAACAGUUUCUACCUCUCUCGGAGGUUCCAGAUGCUGCAGAUGUUCUGCGGCCACCUGCAGGAUCUCCUGAAGGAGCAGAACAGUCUGAGGCAGCGCCUGAUGAAACCUCUGGGUCGCACCAACCUGCCCGUUCAGGCUCACCUGCAGAGGUUCGUGGUGGACGUGUUGAAGAUGCUGCUGGACUUCAUCCAGACUCUGGAGGAUAAGCUGACGUCGGUGCGCUGCAGUCCGUCCGCCAUCUACCGCCUCGCUCAGCUGAACAAGUCUCUCGCUCAGCUUCUGGCUCAUGUGGCGGAUGUGGAGAGUUUGUCCAAUCAGGUCCUCCAGAGGAAGGAGGCAGCAAGCAGAGUGACUGUUCUGCAGGAUGAUCUUCCUCCUCCUCCUCCUCCUCCUCACCUUAACAUGCAUACUGUUUCUGAGUUUUUAAUAUAAUUGUGUCAAAUAUUGCUAUUUGUUUUAAUGUUUCAAUAAAAUCUAAUGUUGGUAGAAACUUUU